AAGAGAAGAACAGACGUGCAUCCUGCUUGGAAGCUGUGCAUGUUUCAUGAAUCAAGAACAUUAACAUUUCAUGGAUAUAUAUGAAAGAAAUAAAUAAUGGUAGAAGGCUGAUUUUUGAUGCAAGCAGCAAUCAAUUGUUUAAAAAUCUGAUAAGUUUGUCUGGUUAUCAUUUUGUAGGUAAAAAGACAGGCCAUUUUCUGGAUGAACUGCCUGUAUACAGGAAAAUGACCUCAGGGGCGUCACACUGUGAUAAUUCUGCAGCGGAAUAUGGCCACACAAUUAGCAUGCCUGCUAAUCAUCUGUCUAGGAUUGACCAUGUGUGUUGACAUGUUAAUGGUGGCUGACCAUGGCGGCCAGAUGGUGGUGGACAAUGAUGGACAGCUGACCAACCUUGACCAGCUCUACUGCAACAGUGCACACAAAUUACAAGGCAUAGAAGGUUCCCCUGUUCCUGGGUUCAGCCUCAGAAAGGUUCAUUUGUUGAUGACACCAGGACAGAGUGACCUUUCUGCUACCAUGGGAACAACUGACCUGCAUCUACCACCAUUGACCUGUGACCUUGACCCAAUCCACACAUCAGCUCAUCUUCCAUUGGCUAAAAUGCAGAUGGCUGUCUCUGAGCACGCAGAUAAGGGACGAAGCCAUCCAGAGUUCAAGUCUUUCUUUCCAACAUUCCCAAAACAAUGCACUUCCCACCACCUCACUCCGCAUGGUUUUCAUCAAGCUAUCACCAUUGGUAACCACCUCAGAGUGGCUUAUAUGAGCAACAGGAACCACAAGAAAUUACAACCACUUUAUUCAGCUAUACAUGUAGAAAGUGUUGCCAAACAUGACGCAUAUCAAAGUGUUCUCGGAGUUUUACAUGGAAUGCUACCUCAAAAGCAGUUUUCAAAAAUUAAGAUUCACAAAUCUCACAGAAACUUCUGUGAUUCGCCAGCAGUCAGUCUUCCAUCUUGUCAGUGUGCUAAAACACAAGAACUGUCUCCGUUUAUUAGCCAAGCUUUAGGAUCGGGAAGAUACGCAUUCAAGAAUUCAUUCCCAGACGUACAUAUACAUUCAGAUAUCAAAUUGCAGCUAUCAAAUUUACAGAUAUACCAAUUGCUUAUGCAAUACAAAUGUAACAAUAUGACUCUAGCUUGUGAUCAAUCCAAGCUUUGUUCAACACUGAAAAAGAGUUCAACUUCAGACUUCUACAGAUCGGCUGUUGAUCAUCAGAAAAACAUUUACUCUGAUCCUAUGUUUAAAAGCUAUUCAAGGUUAAAAUCAUACCCAUUCCUUCAGCGUCUAUUGAGUCAUUCAGUUGGUGCAGCCAGAAACCAGUCUAUGUUUGUUUCCAUGGGUGAUAAGUUUUUCCUGCAGUAUGUGGCAUCCAGUCUCCAUCUAACAGAAGAUGCACUUCAGCCCCUUGCAUCAAGGUUGGUAUUUGAAAUAUUCAGCAAGAACACUGGACCCAGCUCAGGCAGUGAGCUCCUGUUUAGAGUUCUCUACAAUGGAAGAGACCUGACAUCAAACAUUCCUGGCUGUAAGGCAGCCAUGAAAGGCCCCUUGUGUCCUAUAGACAUACUCGUUACCAUAGUAAUAGAUCUUCGACAUCACUUCCUCCAAGAGUGUUGAGGGUUGAACUCUCAUCUCUUGUGUUUUGGUGCGUGAAUUCCUUCCAUUAGAAGGAGUGGUUAUCCCUUCAAGAGUGUUGAGGGUAGAACUCUCAUUUCUUGUGUUAGGUGCAUGAAUUCCUUCCAUUAGAAGGAGUGGUUAUCCCUUCAAGAGUGUUGAGGGUAGAACUCUUGGGUUUUUGGUGCAUGAAUUCCUUCCAUUAGAAGGAGUGGUAAUCCCUUCAAGAGUGUUGAGGGUAGAACUCUCAUCUCUUGGGUUUUUUGGUGCAUGAAUUCCUUCCAUUAGAAGGAGUGGUUAUCCCUUCAAGAGUGAUGAGGGAAGAAAUCUCUUCUCUUGUGUUUUGGUGCACGAAUUCAUUCCAUUAGAAGGAGUGAUUGUCACUUCAAGAGUGGUGAGGGUAGACCUCUUAUCUCAUGAAUAUCUUCGAUCUGAUGGAGUAGUAAUUGCUUCAAGAGAGUAGAACUCACAUCUCCUGUGUUUUGUUGCUUGAAUUACUUCCAUCAGAAGUAGUGGAAAUAUUUUAUCUCAUUUAUAUUCCUGUUGUUAUGUUUACUGCCACAACUCUAAGCCACCACUAUGUUCAUGGUAGAAUUCCUAUCACAGUGUCCAUUAUAAGGAACAUGUCAAAUAUGCAUUGAAUUUUAAUGGUUUUAUUGCUUUUUGGAGAAAAGUAUUUAAAUUAUUUAGGUUGAUUUUUGUUUUGACCUUUGUUGAUAUUCAACUGCUUUUAUUUGAUCUGAGGUUUUUUUCUUCAUAUAUUUUUAUUGUUUUUAGAAUUAUAUUAAGUGCUUACUUGUACUGGUAACUUUUUGUCUCUAGCUUAAUUAAUAAACUCUGCUUUAGACAUAAGAAAUCAUUGUGUUGAUUUAUUGGUCGUUUGAUUGACAUUAUUUUUUAUGUAAAUGUAUUAUGUUCUAGUAAUGGAUAUAGGUUUCACAAAUAAUAAUUAAAAUAAUUAUGUUUACCAUUCUUAAUCAUAUCAUGUAUAUUAUACUGUUUGUUUUUUUCGGAAUGGAGAUUUUAUGGAUUCUUUUCAGGCAGCAUUUGUAUUUGUUUUGUCAUAAUAUAAUUUUUAAAAAGAAAGUAAAAUUUAUUAUUUAAAUACCAGGCCCCAAUAUAUCAGAAUAUCUUAAGAUACAUGUACAGUUAUGAAUAAGUGUCAUAUUAAUUUCAUUCUGGCAAAUUACUUGAUUUAACUUGACAUUAUAAACAAAAACGUCUUUUUUUGUAUUAAUCUUAAAGAUAAUUUCCUCUCAAUAAAGUCUCAAAACUCAUUUAAAUGAACAAAGCAUAAAUUUUGACCAAAACAAUAAAUUACAAGUAAGCUUGUCUUUUUAUGUUAUAAAGGACUAAAAACAUGUACAGAGAUAUUGGGGUCAUCAAGGUAUGAUUAGGAAAUUUGAGUACACCAAUGAUCCUUAAUUCAACUAUUUUUCAAGGAGAGAUUUGCGAAAGGCACAUUCUUUUUAAAAUUAGCAUAAUCAUUCAUGUAUGAAAGUGAUUGGUUAUCAUCAUUCACUUUUUGUCAUCAGUGGACUGAAAUUAAUGUAUACAAGUAGUGAAAUAGAUCUCGGACAGCAGUGAUAAUCGGAAAGUCUGCUUCUUUUUGAAAAAAAUAUAAAUAAAGUGCCUGUUAAAAAUCAAUAAGGUUAAAAAGAAGCCACAUGUUUUGCUGGACAUAAUUUUUUAUUUGGCAGUUGUGAGCUUUUGAUUGUCUGUAAUAUUCAAAAAUAGAAUCGAAAUAAUAUAAGAAGAUGCCAUUUUCAUAAAACAGAGAACUACUUCUGUAAAACUAGUAAUUUAACAAAUUUACAAACCAAACAAAACAAAACUAUGUAAUUUAAUAUCCAUUUCUUGUGUUUGUUUAUCACCAACAAAGAGCUUUAGUUUACUGUUCUAAUUUUGAUAUCAGAUAUCUAAACAGGAAGGUAUCAUUAAAAAUAAAUUCAGAAAGUGUCCAAGAUCCAAUCUCCUACUUGAAGGUACACGGACGUUGUGAUUAAAAUUGUUGUAUUGUUAUUUAAAUAGUUAAACUUUGCUAUAUUGUUAUCAUAUUAGCUUGAUCACUGAUCAUUGCUCAAAUCAAGAAGGUUUAGAAUGACUGUGAUAUAUUCUGUUGACCUCGAUAUUGUGCUGUUUAAACAUGCUCUUUAGCAAAACAUGUAUUAUUUUGUUUCUUUAAUUUUCUCAUCGAUUUAUUGAUUUAUUUAAGCAUUUAUCACAUUUUUCCUUGUGUUUAUGCUGUAUGAAUACAGUAGGGCACAUGAGCGAAGGACAAAUGGCACUUCAUGAAUUGCCCUUUGUCCUUUGCUCGCGUGCCCUACUGAGUUCAUGCAACAAAAAUGGAAGAAGAAAUGCAAUUAAUACUUAUAUUUACAUUUUAUAUAAUUGUUCAUUAUGAUUAAAAUUGAGCAGUAUUUGUUCUUAAAAAAAUGUAACUGACAUUGUGCGUUUGUAUAGAAAUAAAGCUGAUAUUUGUAAUGUUGUACAUCAUUGGUUAAAUGAUGAUGCGCUAGUCCAAUCUGAGCGCACUAUUGUAAUAAACAAUGAAGUCAUAAUCCCUUGUGGAUUAUACAAUAUUAUCGUCAAUUUGUAUGUAAGCAAAGAACCAGGCGAAUAUAAAUAUAAUAGGUUAUUACAUGUAUUUUAUUCAAAGAAAUUGUAACUUGCCAGCCUGUCAUAUAUAUUUUUUAUAUCAAGACUCUUUGUAAUAUUAUUACUUGGAAUGAAUUUUACGAACAAAAUUACAUGUGUUUGCAUUACAAAUGUUAUUUAAGAUUCAUGUAUGAUUACUGGGUAGUUUCUCUGUUUCAUUUCUGGGGAAUCUCAUUGUUAUUAUGUGUAUCUCUUUGUUACAGCACAUAGCUUGUUUAUUGAAAUUAAUUAUAUCUUUGAUUAAUUAUUAAGAUUAAGUGAUUCUUGAAUCAAAUCAGAAUGUAUUUUGAUACAUGUUUAUUUCAUGCAUGAUUCAGUGAUCCAAGAAAUUUUGAGAUCUAACCCAUAUAUACACUGAACACUGCUGAUAACUGUUGUGCUAUUUAAAAAAAAUUUAUAGCUUGAAAUGAAAUUCUCUGUACUUUUUUUUGAUAACUAUGAUAUAGCAGAUACUUAACAAAUGUCAGUUUUUAUAAAGAGACAUUUUUUUUCUCAAGUUUGAAUAGUGUUUCAAUAUGCCAUUAAGAAAAGAAUAUUCAGUAUAGCAAUAGAAUAAACAGAAAAAAAUGCAGAAUGAAAUGAAGGUAAAUUUGGUAUUCAAUGAUAUUCAGCCAAAAAAAUGAAGAAUAUUCUAACGUUUUUACUCGCAAUAUUUGAAAAUGUUCUGCUCUUCAUCAUGCCUCAUGCUGUUCCAUAGGAGAUUGUCAAAAUCUUGUUUUCCCUUCUUUAAGGAUUAAUCAAAAUCUUGUUUUCAUUUCUUUAAGGAUUAAUCAUUUAAAGAGACUGUACUCCAGAUUGGCACCAAAACUUUUGUUUUUCUGUAACUAAUCUAAGGACAAUUAUUUAAUAAAAUGUUUUAUUCUUUGAUAUCAUAAUUGUAAAAAAAGACUAAAAUGAAGAAAAAAUAAUGUCGGGAGACCGGGUUCGAACCGGGGCUUAAAUUUCAGUCCAGUGUUGUAUCCACUAUGCUACGAAGGCUUACCCUAAAUAGUAGGAAUGUUUAAGCUAUAUACCUAACUUGGUAAUAUCACGUGAUAACAUUGACUAGCCAAUCACACAUAAGGAAUGAAUUCUACUAGGUAGACAUACAUAGAAAUCUUUUUUAAUGGAAAAAUACGAAAAAAAUAAAUUAAUUGUAAACUAUGUGGUACUUCAGUUAGUAAGUUCCAAUGCAAUGAACACAUUGAUACCAAGUUUAUGUCAGUUUUCGACAAUUUUCUUUUUUUUUUUGCUACUUCAUCAUACGGAGUACAGCCCCUUUAAGCAAACUUUUCAAGAUCAAAGCAGAGCUAUUUAUGCUCCAGCCCGUGAACUGUAAACAAUGAUGUGUCGUAGGUUCGAGUCUCACCAAAACCUCAAACAUUUGUCAAUACAAUUAUUUUAACUCAAUUUUGUCAAAUAAAUAUCCCAAUGUUCCUGUGUUGCGUUAACAGUAAGUAUACCUUGUGAGCCAAUGAUGUACAUGUAUUUAAACUCGUGUUGUUGUUUGUGAUGGUUAUUUGCAUAGUAUUGGUUCUGGUUCAGUUUGUUGUUUAUAUCAAUAUAAAAGUGUGUUAAAGAAGGGUAUGUCUUCAUCAUAGUUAAAAACUGUAUGAAGCAUCCCGUCUCAGAACUCAGGCAUUGACAAUUUUGUUUAUGAGCGUUUUAUGUUUUUCACUAUAAAUCUGCUUAUAAAGCUCAAAAAUUAUACAAAAUAAUAAAUAGGAAUACUUAUAUCUUAUGUUAUUCAAUAUUUUGAGUUUAUUCAAUAUUUUGAGUUUCUUUUGUUUGUUUGGCAUAUUACCCUUGUCAACCAUUAGUAUUCUGCAGCUUAUUGUAUAAAAAUGGUAAAGUAUUUUGAUUGGUCAAAGUUAUUCAAAGUGUUUAUUGAUUGGACAAUAUUUAUCCAAUAAUCACUAGCAAACCCAGGGGA